AUGUACGACCCCGAGCACGGAUGGAGCCUGUCCUUCUCGGGAUGCGGCUUCCUGGGCUUCUACCACAUCGGGGCGACCCGCUGCCUGAGCGAGCGCGCUCCGCACCUCGUCCAGGACGCGCGCAUGCUGUUCGGCGCCUCGGCCGGGGCGCUGCACGGAGUCGCUCUGCUCUCCGGGAUUUCGCUGGACAUCAUCACGGAGAUCCUCAUGGACAUCGCCCGAAGUGCCAGGAGCCGGAAGAUUGGCAUCUUCCACCCCGCCUUCAACUUGGGCAGGCGCCUCCGAAAUGAUCUUCAGACAUACCUCCCAGACGACAUCCACAGGCUCAUCUCUGGCAAAAUGUGCAUUUCGCUCACCAGGGUGUCCGAUGGGGAAAAUGUGCUCGUGUCUGAUUUUCAGUCCAAAGAGGAAGUUGUGGAUGCCUUGCUCUGUUCCAGCUUCAUCCCUUUCUUCUGUGGCAUAAUCCCUCCUUCCUUCAGAGGCGUGCGAUACAUGGAUGGAGGACUAAGCGACAAUGUCCCCUUCUUUGAUGCCAAAACGACCAUCACUGUGUCCCCCUUCUACGGGGAGUAUGACAUCUGCCCUAAAGUCAAGUCCACAAACUUUCUUCACGUGGACCUGACCAAGCUCAGUCUGCGGCUCUGCUCCGAGAAUGUCUACCUCCUGAUUCGAACCCUGUUCCCUCCGGACCUCAAGGUGCUUGGCGAGAUAUGCCUUCGCGGCUACUUAGACGCCUUCAGGUUCUUGGAGGAGAACGGCAUCUGCAACAAGCCCCAUCCGGGCCUGGAUUUACCCUCGGAGGAGGCGAAGACCCUUACCUUCCCCUGGGGACACAGGAACCCGGAAUCUGGCCCAAGGGUGUCUGCGGAGGGGACGAAGUCCGAGGAAGACGAGCUGCUGGACCACCUGCGUCUCAGCAUCCUGCCCUGGGACGAGCGCAUCCUGGACACCCUAUCGCCCAGCCUCACUGCAGCACUGAGUAAUGCAAUUAAAAUGAAACAUGGACAAGUGAGCAAGAUUUACGAUUUCUUACCGGUUAAGGUCAUGUCGUAUGUGAUGCUGCCUUGUACGCUCCCCAUGGAGUCUGCCAUCGCCAUGGCCCAGAGACUGGUGAUGUGGCUUCCAGACAUGCCCGCGGACAUCCGGUGGCUGCAGUGGCUCACCUGUCAUGUGUGCUCUCGAGUGAUGACGCAGCUCUUCCCCCACUCUAGAUCGCGGACACAAGCAAACGGCCAACAGCCUUCCCUGAAGGACGUGAAGGCGCUGCUCCUGUCCCUGCUGUCCAGCAGGAGCCGGAGCUGAGGCCGCUGAGCAAACGGGUCCUCCUGUCUGGCCUGGCGUUUGGGGGGGCUGGAGCUGCAAGGGACUCCUCCUUUCCUGCUCGCUCUCCUCGUGCAGACGCGUUCCUGAGCCCAUCGAGGAGACAAAUCUAGGACACUCUUUCGCAGGCGCUUCCCGAUCUUUCUGCAGCUACGCCCACACUGGCUUGGAUGCGCCCGGGUUUGACACACGGGGUCCUGCCUUGGUACCGAAAUUAUGGUUUAUUGAAACCAAAGGCAAACUACUGUUUUUAGGAAAAGCUAGGAAGCUACUUUUGGUGUACGUGUUGGUCUAGAGCUUAAGGAAGCCUGCUAUUCAAGCAUCUGAGUCUGUUAGCUCACUUGGCUGGGAAAUGACACCAGGGAGCCCAUGGCGGAGGGGCCACCUCCAAUGGCCUGGCAGCCUUCCCAUUGCAACAUUCCGGAGCAUCCUGUGUUGUGAUGGGCUGGGGGUGUGUGGGGCUGGGGGCUGGGGGGAGACUUACGGUUGGGGGUUGGGCUGCCCUUUGUGCAGUCUUGGGGUUUAGAAGGAAAAGUAACGUGAUCCCAUUUCCCCAGACAGGAAGUGGUUGGUGUGGCAGGAGGGGGAGGCAGCCUUCCCCAGGGAGGGCACUGACCGUGGUGGGCCAGUAAAAGAUGUUCACUUAUUUACAUUUUGGAACACUUCUUUGACCUAGCCUAAAUAUUUGAUAGAGUUUUGUAUAAACUACAGAGAGUCUUA